AUGGAAAUGCUCAAUCUUCGAUUCAUGGUUUUAGCUGCUAUUGUUGUGAUAGGAAUUCUAUUCACUAGUGAAGUUGAUGUGGUUCAGGGGCAAGUUUGCCAAGGUGACAUGCAAGGUCUGAUAACGCAAUGUGAGCCUUAUGUUAUGAAGGGUAGUGUACUGCCUCCAACGGCAUCUCAAGGAUGCUGUUCUGCGAUAAAAACGUUAGACAUUCCAUGCGUGUGCCGGCACGUGACCAAGGUGGUCGAGGCGGUGGUUGACAUGGUUAAGGUGGUUAAGGUCGUUAGGUCCUGUGGUAUCCCUGUUCCCAAGGGAAUGAACUGUGGAAGUUAUACAGUUCCACCGGGAAGUGGUUGA